AUGGAUAAGAAUUCAUUGAAAAGAAGAAACAGACUUCUUCAAAAAAAUGAAGCACGCAUGAGUAUACUACUGGGAAGAAAUCUGGAUGACGAAAUUUUAAAGGAAAAAAAAGAAAGUAAUAAAAAUGAUGAACACAAAAAAAGUGAUGAAAAUAAAAAAAGUGAUGAAAAUAAAAAAAAUGAUGAACACAAAAAAAAUGAUGAACACAAAAAAAAUGAUGAACACAAAAAAAAUGAUGAACACAAAAAAAGUGAUGAAAAUAAAAAAAGUGAUGAAAAUAAAAAAAGUGAUGAAAAUAAAAAAAAUGAUGAACACAAAAAAAGUGAUGAAAAUAAAAAAAGUGAUGAAAAUAAAAAAAGUGAUGAACAGGAUAAAGCGAAUAAUCCAAAUAUGAGUACUGAAAAUAAUAAUAUAACAAAGGAGAAGGAUAAUAAUAAAACAAGUGCAUAUAAAAAGUCAACUAAUAUAUAUAAUAAAGAUAAAAGUAAUGGUUAUAAUAAUAAAUUGUUAGAUAAAGAUGAUAAGAAUAAUAUUAAUAAGAAUAAAAAUAAAAAUGAUGAAAAUGAUUUUACAAGUAUAAAUAAUAAUCUAUUUAAUGAAAAUAAUAUAGAUUCUCAAUUUAUUAUUAAUAAAAAUGAAAAAUUACAUUUUAUCAUAUUAAUAAUUCUAUGUAUCUUUAUAAGUAUAUUUAAAGUAUAUUAUAAUGAAAAUAAUUUAUUUUAUAAAAAAAAAAAAGAAAAAAAUAAUUUAAAUAUUAUUCAGAUGAUUUUUUUCAACUUUAUAAAUUCACCAAAUUUUUUUUUCUCCUUUUCUGUUUUUUAUAAUAUAUCUUUUUUGUUAAUUAACAUAUUAAUAUAUAUAAAUCAAAAUAACAUAACACAAAAAAGGAUUAAAGAAUUUUUUGUAAAUAUGAAAAAUAAAUUUAAUAAUAAAAAUGAAGACAUAUUUUAUUUUAUAAAUAAAGCAGUUUUGUUUAUCCUUUUUAUGGGCCGAAUAUUUAAAUCAUAUAUUAUUUCGAUAUUUAUAGUAAAUUUGUUUCAUGAUAUAUUGCAUAAUUGUUUAAUACGUAUGUCUAUGUUACAACCUCCAAAGGUAGUAGUAUUAUGA